GGGAAGUUCGAACAAAGCCCAGAUAGCUGGACCGGAUCCGAAGCCCUUUUCGUCAGCCAUAAACCGUCUGUCUUUCUCUCCCCUGCUUUGAUCUGUCGAAUUUUACCCACGCGACCCGGCCGGCGGGCACCAAACUCGUUUCCAGUUUCCACGGCGACGGCGCCGAUAGAAGGGGAAAAAGCAAUGACAGCCUUGAAAUCCCUGGAACAGGAGUUCCCACUUCUGGACAUCAACUUCCAGUCCUUCUGCGCUUCACACGGUAUUCUCACAAUUGCGGAUUUCCUUACGCACGACCUCCACUCACUGGCCGCAGCCGCCGAGAGCCAGCCGGCGUCCCUGCGAUUAAAAGAGGGCAUCAGCCAGGUCCUUUCGAUCGUAGAUACGCUGCACCAGCCAUGGUUAGACGGCCUGGAGCUGCUGCAAGAUGCCAUGGAUAACAAACGCGUUCUCUCAACUGGAAUCGCAGCGGUCGAUUCGUUUCUCCAUGGUGGAUUGCGGGUGGGGCAAUUGACCGAAUUGGCAGGGCCGUCCUCAUCUGGCAAAACCCAACUUUGUCUAAGGCUUGCUUCAAGUGUUGCCAAGAUGGAUAGGGGCAGUGUGGUGUAUGUAGAUACAGGGAACUCCUUUUCAAGCAGGCGUAUACAUCACUUCCUUUGUGAGAACGGCGGUCCUCCCUCGAAACAGGACGAUACUGGCAUUGUACAAAGAGUAAUGAGCAGAAUAUUGCGCCACUCAGUAUUCGAUAUCAAUUUGCUGUUUAAUGUGCUACACCAGUUGGAGUUCGUAUUGGGAUCACAGGAAUACGGGGAAGGCUGUAAAGUUCAGUUACUAAUAAUUGAUUCCGUCUCCUCGUUGAUCACCCCAGUCCUUGGAGGCGGCAGUUCGCAGGGAUAUUCUUUGAUGACAUCUCUGGGAGUUUUGCUGAAGAAGUUAGCACACGAGCACGAUAUUGCAAUCCUGGUGACCAAUCAUAUGGUAGGUGGAGAGCGGGGGAACCCUAAACCGGCUCUGGGAGAGAGUUGGAAGAGCAUUCCACAUGUGAGGCUGCUGCUCUCUUGCGACUAUGAAACCAAUACCUGCAACAUUUCCACUCUAAAACACCCUUCGCUGGCAGCAGGCAGAUCAGCAAGCUUUGUGAUUGAUUAGGGAGAUUACAAUGGCUACUACCUCCUAUCCUAGCCAUAACAUGUGAAUAGAGAGAGGUUAAGUGGUCUCAAAAGAAAUGGGCAGGAAGCUCAUGAAUGUAAAUGUGCAGCAACUUGAAGUGGUCCUUUGCUGCAAGGUGGCUGAAUGUGGACAAUUUAUGUAGUUAGGUUUGGAAAUGAAAUCUUGACGCUAGG